AUGAAAUUAUUUAUUUCAUUAGUUAUUUUAUUGGCUGCCAUCGGAGCUGCCAGCGCAGAUUGUUCAUACGGACAAAGAUGUGUUCAUGUUGGAGAGUCUUGCCCACAUCCAGCUGUUGACCCAUGGACUACAUGUGAUCGUGAUUCAUGGUGUUUCUUCUCAAAUAAUCCAGCCACUCCCUACGAGUCAGGAAACUGUACCGCCUACGCCAAGCGUGGUGAAUAUUGUGACAAUGAUUACUGGAGUUGUGCUCCAGGUUUAGAGUGUUUCUCCAACGAAGGACCAGCAUCCUGCCAAUACCUUUACUUUGCCACCAUCGGUGAGGACUGUGCCUCCGCUUUCGAGUGUACCAACGGAAACGAUUGUAUUGACGGAAAGUGUCAAUUGAGAGCAUCCCAAGAAGGAAGCUGCAGUCAAACUUGGGAAGAUUGUCCAUACGGAUUCUCAUGUAACAGAACCAGCGACUUGUGUAUUCCAACUCUCACCGUCGGAGCUUCAUGCUCUGGUACUAGAGCCCAAUGCGGUGUCGGUCUUAUUUGCUCACCAACCAACACCACCAUGACCGAUUACACCUGUGUUGCCAUCAACUCCAAGGGAUUGGGUGCUGCAUGUAGUCAAAAUACCUUUUCAUUCAAUUUGGACGGUCGAAUCCCAGAUAUCGAAUGUGACGUUUCACAAUCUUUGCUCUGUUUGGAGAACAACAAUGGUGAAUUAACCUGUCAAGCUCCACCAGCCAUCACCACCGGUAAUUGUUCUACCGACGGAUGUAAAGAGAACAACGAAUAUUGUGGUUGUCCAGUUGACUCUUACAAUGGUGUCUGUGCUCUUUACAAUACCCUCGGUGCUGCUUGCUCCGAAUCCAUCAACGAACUCAUCAAGUGUGCCGUUGACAACGAGUGUCAAUAUAAAGCUUCUGGAAGUUCAAGUUAUAAGAGCUGUCUCUACCAAAACUGUGGUUCCAUCAUGUGUGACAACAAAUGUGGUGGUCAAUCAUUCUCUGAUGCCAAAUCCUGUGGAGAUUAUAAAUACGACGGUUGUUACGCUCAAAACUCAUCAUCUUUUGUACGUCCAACUAUUUUCCUUGCCAUCAUUGCUUUGGUUGCUCUCUUGUUCUAA